AUGAAGCGUCCAUUAAGUCCUGACCACGUCUCUGAAGAUGGGAUUAUGAAUCAACCAGCUAUUCUACGGGGCUUUGAAGAAAAAGGACUGAGGAAUGACAGACAGGACUAUCAAUUAAGCAAAGAAAAGAAGAAGAUACUCUUUUCCUUCUGCGAAGUGUGCAAUAUACAGCUGAACUCUGCAGCACAAGCUCAAGUUCAUUACAAUGGGAAGUCUCACCUGAAAAGAGUGAAGCAGCUAAAUAACGGAAAACUCCCUACAAGUGUAGCUCCUGGCACUUUCUUUGCAAGUACAAGCACAGGCACUACUGCACUUCCCACCCUUGUGCGUGCACCUACCUUGAUGAUGCAGCCUUCCCUGGAUAUCAAACCCUUUAUGUCCUUCCCUGUGGACAGCAGCUCUGCUGUUGGAUUCUUCCCAAAUUUUAACACAAUGGAUCCUGUACAAAAAGCAGUAAUAAACCAUACAUUUGGAGUGUCAAUUCCCCCUAAGAAGAAACAAGUCAUUUCCUGUAAUGUCUGCCAGCUUCGCUUUAACUCUGAUAGCCAGGCCGAGGCCCACUACAAAGGAAGUAAACAUGCCAAGAAGGUCAAAGCACUAGAGGCAACGAAAAAUAAACCCAAAGUUGGUUCUUCCAAGGACAGCGCAAAGGCUAACACAAGCUGCUCCACCGCGCCAGUCACAGCCAACAUCUCUGACAAAUCAGAAGAUAAAGGGAAAGCAAAAUCCAAUAGUGCAAGUCAGCAGUCCAGUACAGAAGUGGGUUCUUUUGUUCCUAAACCUGGAGUGGCAGCAGUGGCACCUGUAACGCCUGCCUCAUCCUCCAAGAGCAUGAAUGGAGCUCCUAACACAGUUUCUGAGUCAGAAGAGGAAAAAGCCAAAAAACUACUUUACUGUUCAUUAUGCAAAGUGGCUGUGAAUUCCCUGUCACAACUAGAAGCCCACAAUACAGGCUCCAAGCACAAGACCAUGGUCGAGGCUCGGAACGGUGCUGGUCCCAUCAAGUCUUACCCUAGACCUGGAUCCCGACUGAAGGUGCAGAACGGCAGUAAAGGCUCAGGACUGCAGAACAAGACAUUUCAUUGUGAAAUCUGUGAUGUCCAUGUUAAUUCAGAAAUUCAACUUAAACAGCACAUUUCCAGCCGAAGGCAUAAGGACAGAGUUGCAGGAAAGCCUAUGAAACCUAAAUAUAGUCCUUACAACAAACUGCAACGCAGCCCAAGUAUUUUAGCAGCAAAACUUGCAUUCCAGAAGGACAUGAUUAAGCCGCUGGCACCUGCUUUCCUUUCAUCUCCUCUUGCUGCAGCCGCAGCUGUAUCCUCGGCUCUGUCCCUUCCUCCCCGUCCCACUGCCUCCUUGUUCCAAGCACCUGCGAUCCCACCAGCUCUCCUCAGGCCAGGCCAUGGCCCGAUCCGAGCAACACCUGCCUCCAUACUUUUUGCACCAUAUUAA